UCAGUGAUCGAUCAGGUGCGGGACAGGUGCAGCUCCACCUGUGAUCACCGUGCGGGGCUGUGACACGCGUGCGUGAUGUGCGGCGCAGGGGGGGGGGCGGAGUCUGGUGGUUUACGCCGGCUGACGGUGCAGACUCGGCGGAUCACUCCAGACUCCUCCGCCGCCGAUCACCUGCCGCAGACCGGCCCCACCGCUCUGAGCCGCCGGUGUCAGUGAUGGAGGUGCUGCCGGCCGCGGGGCCGCCGGAGCUGGACUGUAACAGUAACUCUCUGCCGGCGGAGCUGGAGGUGAAGAAGCUGCAGGAGCUGGUCCGGAGGCUGGAGCUGCAGAACGAGCAGCUGCGGGCGAGCGGCUGCUCCGGCGGCGGCCCGCACGCGCUGCCCCAGUCCCCGGGCUGCGCGCUCCGGAGCUCCGCCGGGUUCCGCCUGCACGGCCCGCUGCUCGGCCUGCGGUGCCACUCGUCCGCGGGAUCGCUCUCACCCCCGGAGGAGCCUUUCGAAUACUUCCAGCCGCACGGAGCCGCCGAACCGGAGGAGGAGGAGGAGGAGGAGGAGGAGGAGGACGCAGCGGAGCCGUCGGUGCUGGACGAGCUGGAGCUGCUGGACCUGGAGGUUCUGUGCUGCCCGGAGGAGGCGGAGGAGACAUGGUUGUACGUGUCGUCGAAGGCCGUGGCGCUCGGAGACGACUCCCUCACUCCUCUGCAGUGGUGCCGCCAGGUUCUGGACCGUCCCAAAACCGAGGUGGAGGCCGCCCGACGCUCGCUGUCGCUGCGACUGGAGCAAGUCUCUAGGUGGCGUAGAAGCCUGUCCAGCCCCUCCCCCUCAUCCCCAGGCCCUCCCCUCAGUCGAGUGGCAGGCAUGUCUCCCAUCCGCGCCCCCCCCUGCUCCACGCCCCUGUCGUUUGAACGACACGCUCCCUCCCUCUCCUCCCCGCUCCACCAUGUUCUCCAUCGGACGCUGAGUCCCGUGGGGAAGGAGUUCUCCCCCGUAGCUGAGCGGACCCCCACCUUCCUCCCUCACCUGGCCAAUCCAAGCCUGAGACGCUCGGCGCUCAGUCCCCAGUCGUCCGUGGACAGCGACCUCGGAGUCUCGGAGGACGACUCCAUCACUCUGGGAUACAAACUGCACGACCUCACCGACGUCCAGGUCAUGGCCCGGCUGCAGGAGGAGAGUCUAAGGCAGGACUACGCCAGCACGUCGUCCACCCUCGCCAACCGCCGCAGCCAGAGCUUCACCUUCCAGCUCAGCCAGCUCAGCGCCGGCCUCGACCUGGAGGAGGAAGACGAGGAGGACGACGAAGACUACGGUCUCCUGCCCCCGCCGCAGCCGCGCCUCACCCGCCUGCCGCACUCCCACACCUUCUCCAGCAUGCGAGACUGGCGAAGAAGCACCACGUCCCUGUCCACCCCUCCUUCCACGCCGCCGCUCCCCUCCGCCGGGUUCGCCUUUCAGCCUCUGGCCCCGUCCCCUCUCCAGGGACUGGGAGUGGGCAGCUUCUGCUCAGAGGAGCCUCAGGGCUUCAGACCAGGAUCAGGAGAAUUUGAGAAUAAACUGCGGAGGAGCAUGCCUAACCUUGUCAGAGCUCCCAGCAUGCCGAGUGUGCCCAUUCCGACCAAUCCCAGUGCUUCCCCUUGUUUGCUUCGUAACAGCCUGAGUUUUGAUUCGUCCAGCGGUCUGGCUCGCCUGCAGUCCUCCAUCCCCUCCCCAGGCCAACUUCAACACAGGGUCCAGAGCGUCGGGAAUUUCUCCUCCCUGUCGCGGCAGCCGCUAAAGGCCACCGCGUACGUCAGCCCCACCAUCAAGGGCUCGGCCUCCACGGGCCUCCAGCCUCUGAGCGGCAGCGGUGGGAGUAACAGCUGGAGUAACAGCGGGAUCCCUCUGUUCAGCAAAACGGCCACCGGAGGGGGGGCGACCACUUCCAUCCCCCCGGGCACUCCCCGCAGCGGCCUGCCCCGCCCUGCGUCCUUUGUGGGCUCCACGAGUUCCAACCCCCGCAGCAAGGUGGCGCAACCAGCACGAAGUUUACUGACGCCUCCAAAGAGCUUGUCCACCCUCACUGCGCUCCGUGACGGCACCUGGAGAGACGGCUGCUACUGACGGAUGAGCCGGUGCAGUGGCGCCCCCCGCUGGCUGGGGUAACUCGCCACACCUCAACAUCAUUCUCCAUUUUCACACCGACUGGGUUUGACCAAAAAGUAAAAAUGACCUUAACUCUAAGCUCCUGCAUAGAAUAGUUCGAUGCCGAGGGUCUCACGUGAACCGAACCUGUUUUUCCGUCCAUUCGAUUCUAUGCAUGAGUUCUUCGGGGAAGACGGGUUGUUUUAAUCUGGACCCGUCGACUGGUCCGUGCCAAGUGGGAGUUUUUUCCCAGUCGCUCUUGUGCAAUAAAGAAAUACUAACCUGCUAAAGAGGGCUGCCAGUUUAUAUGACAAGAGCCUCACGACACUGUAUUUAAUUAUUAACUUAUUUUAACGAUCACGUUUUUGGACUAAUCAGGUGCUUUCCCUUCUGGCGACAAGAGCCAAUGAUGCUGCUAAAAUCCAAUCAGUCCCUCUUACUUUGGGCACACUUGGUGUCAUUUUUACAAGGAAGACAUUAAAGUAUGUAUUUGUGUACAAAGCUAAUUAUUAAGUGUGCUUAAACCCGUAUAUAUUGUACCAUAUAAUUUAAUUUUAAAUGUGAAUUUUGACCAAAACGUGUGAUUUGUCUCACCACGGUGUCAGAAUAUGUUUUGCAUAUCAACCAUGUCUAACCACCUUCUAUUGGGAAACUGUUCCGGUUGCACUUUGUAAGAAUUGAUUAAUAAUAUGUUGAUGUUCGAUAUCACUAAUAUUUGCACUUUUGUGAGAUUUCAGUUACACUCUGCGUAAUGUAGCACCAUCCGUUUCUAAUAUUUCACUGGUGAUUUUAAAUUAUUUUAAAUGAUCGUGAUACUUUUGUUACUGUAAUGGACUGAAUGAGUGAAACUUUUUAAUAAAACACACUAU